AUGACAGCCAGUCUUUUGCCAAAACCUCGUCAAACGUUAGCUUCAGCACCAUCCGCUGCACCCCAGUUGGAGAAGCAACUAAACCAGCUCAUCACCAAGUCAACUCAAAGCCGUAUUCCACCCUAUGGUCAGCGUAAGAGCUUCAGACCUCGAGUUUCUGAGGAUUUCGGAAAUGGCGGCGCUUUUCCAGAGAUCCACAUUGCACAAUAUCCUCUCAAUAUGGGUCGCAAAGAUCAGAAAGCAUCUGCCGAUCGUAAAGGAGGUGCUUUGACACUGCAAGUAGACGAAGAUGGCAAUGUGAAAUACGACGCUAUUGCAAGACAAGGUCAUAGUGAUGAUCGCAUUGUUCACAGCUCCUACAAAGACAUGGUUCCCAUCAACGAACGCAAAGAUAUGGAUGUCGACAAACUAGUGAUGGACAGACCUGGCGAAGAAGAAGUACAAAGCGUAGCUGAAAAGACGAGAUUAGCACUCGAAAAGAUUGUCAACACCAAAAUCAAAGCACUACAACCCAAAAAUGUGGGACCGCCCAACGGCAGUGGCACCAACAAGGAUCCUACUUACAUUCGUUAUACACCUUCACAGAGCCAAGCUGGAGAAGGAUUCAACUCUGGCGCCAAACAAAGAAUCAUUCGUAUGGUGGAUGCACCCAGCGAUCCCAUGGAGCCACCUAGCCAUUUACACAAAAAAGUGCCUCGUGGACCACCCUCACCACCAGCCCCAGUUAUGCACUCACCACCUCGUAAACUAACAGCAAAAGAGCAAGCCGAAUGGGUCAUUCCUCCUUGUGUUUCUAAUUGGAAGAACACCAAAGGUUAUACCAUUCCACUCGAUAAACGUUUAGCUGCUGAUGGCCGUGGUCUGCAGGAAUUGACCAUCAAUGACAAUUUCGCCAAAUUCUCUGAGGCCUUGUACGCUGCUGAUAGACACGCUCGUGACGAGGUGAGACAGAGAAACUUGAUGCAGCAAAAGCUAGCACAAAAGCAAAAGGAAGCUGAAGAGGAUAAACUUCGACAACUUGCACAAAAGGCCCGUGAAGAGAGAGCUGGUUUCAAGCCAUCCACAUCUGCUGCAGACACAGCACCUGCAAACGCCAACCGACCUUCCGCUUCAUCACUGAUGGUAGACUAUGACAGCUCUGACGAAUCUGGAUCCGACAAAUCUGAUAGUGAGGAUGAGUCUCCAGUGAGACGUGCUGUUGAAGAUAGCGAUGAGGAAAAGGCAAGAGAACGUGAUCAACUGAGACAUGAGCGUCAAAAGCAAAGACAAAGGGAGAUGCGCAUGAGCAAAAUGGGUACAGAAGCAAAGGCGAAGCAUCUUGCUCGUGAAUCUGGCCGUGAUAUCUCUGAAAAGAUUGCAUUGGGUUUGGCUAAACCAUCUCUGAGCAAAGAGAGCAUGUAUGAUGCAAGAUUGUUCAAUCAGUCUGAGGGUAUUGGAUCUGGUUUCAAAGAUGACGAUGCAUACAACACAUACGAUAAGCCAUUGUUCAAUCAAUCAGGAUCAUCCAUUUACAGAUUUAGAGGCGACAACAAUGAAUCUGAAGUGUUGGGCAGCACCAAUGCAGACGACCUCGAAAGAUCCAUUAGACAGGACAAAUUUGGCGUUCGUAAAGGAUUCCAAGGCACUGAAGGUGGAGAAAGCUCUAGUGGACCUGUUGAAUUUGAAAAGGAGACAUUGGCCCAACCAAAGAAGGUCGAUAAAGAUGUCUUUGGCUUGGAUACCUUCUUGAACAAGGCAAAGAAGGGCAAGAGAGCACGUGAAGACGAUGGCGACAGCGAUGACGACAGACGCAAACGAUAA